AUGGCGUCUUUCGGCGAGGACCUCCUCGCGACUGUGAACAAGCUGCAAGACUUGGUGUUCAAUACCAUUGGCAGCGACUCGCUGGAUUUACCUCAGAUCGUCGUGGUAGGGUCGCAGUCAUCCGGCAAAUCCUCCGUUCUCGAGAACAUCGUCGGCAGAGACUUCCUACCUCGAGGCAGUGGUAUCGUGACCCGGAGACCGCUCAUUCUCCAACUCAUCAAUGUUCCCAGCGAAAGGGAUGACCGGCCAGAAAACGAUGAAGUUCACAUACCACAUACGCCGGCAAGUGUUGCGGGGCAACAGGAGUGGGCAGAGUUUCAUCAUAUACCGGGGCAACGUUACUAUGACUUCGGCCAAGUCAAAAGAGAGAUCGAGGCGGAGACGGCGCGGUUGGCCGGGAACAACAAGGGAAUUAACCGGAUACCGAUCAACCUGAAGAUAUACUCGCCACAUGUGCUGAGCCUGACACUUGUAGACUUACCAGGUCUGACAAAGGUGCCCAUUGGUGAUCAACCAUCAGACAUUGAGAAGCAGACCCGGAACCUAAUAUCAGAAUACAUUGCGAAGCCCAACAGCAUCAUUCUCGCCGUGUCCCCUGCUAACGUGGAUCUGGUCAACUCGGAGGCACUCAAACUUGCUCGACACGUGGAUCCUAUGGGCAGAAGGACCAUCGGUGUGCUUACGAAGCUGGAUCUCAUGGAUCAUGGCACCAAUGCACUGGACAUCCUUUCUGGCCGAGUUUAUCCUUUGAAACUUGGUUUUAUCGGUGUCGUCAACAGGUCGCAGCAAGACAUCCAGGGCAACAAGUCGCUAGCCGACGCGCUACAAGCAGAACGCGAAUUUUUCAGACACAAUCCGGCAUACAGGAACAUCGCAAACCGAUGCGGGACGCAGUUCUUGGCUAAGACCCUCAACUCGACCCUCAUGAACCACAUCAGGGAACGAUUACCGGACAUCAAGGCGCGCCUCAACACUCUAAUGGGCCAGACGCAGCAGGAGCUUGCAAGCUACGGUGACGUCGCUUUUACCGGCAAGGAGCAUCGCGGAUCCCUCAUACUCCAGCUAAUGACGCGCUUCGCCUCCUCCUUCAUCUCAUCCAUAGACGGCACGUCAUCCGAGAUCUCGACAAAAGAGCUCUGUGGCGGCGCUCGAAUCUACUACAUCUUCAACUCCGUCUUCGGCAACUCGCUCGAGACCAUCAACCCCACGCACAACCUCUCCGUCCUCGACAUCCGGACCGCCAUCCGCAACUCCACCGGCCCUCGCCCCAGCCUCUUCGUGCCGGAACUCGCAUUCGACCUCCUCGUCAAACCCCAGAUCAAAAUGCUCGAGAUACCCAGCCAGCGCUGCGUCGAGCUCGUGUAUGAGGAACUCAUCAAGAUCUGCCACACGUGCGGCUCGACCGAGCUCAGCCGGUACCCGCGCCUCCAGGGGAAGCUUAUUGAAGUGGUAUCGGACCUCCUCCGCGAACGACUGGGACCGACAUCCCACUACGUCGAGUCCCUCAUCUCGAUCCAACGCGCCUACAUCAACACCAACCACCCCAAUUUCCUCGGCGCUGCCGCCGCAAUGUCCUCCGUCAUCAACGACAAGCAGGAGAAGGAGAAGAAGGCCGCAGCGGCCGAGGAGCGCCGCAAACGGGAGCGCAGGCGGCUGAAAGAACUGAACGGCGCCAACGGCACCGAAACCCCCGAAGACGAGGAGGAGACCGAAGUUCCCGGCGGCGCUGGGGCGCAACAACUCCCGGUCCGCGGCCACUCCUCAAAAGUAACGCGAAGCAUGUCUCCAGCGGUAGUCGGCAGGGGUUCGAUAUCCGGCGCUGUGAACGGCGCGCGUGGGGCGUCGCCGCCACGUUUCGCAGGCCAGGCGGGCGGCACGGCGAGGGAUAGUUUCUUGAACUACUUCUUUGGCAAGGAGGGCGGCAUGCCGAGUGCCAUGACGCAGCAAGCGGUCACGGCGGGGAUUCUGCCGGAUCGACCGGGGAGCAGGCAUGUGAGCCAGAACGUGGAGCCGAGCUUCGCGGCUAGUUUGCGGAGGGGGGAGACGAGGAUGCCGGAGCGGCAGCAUGUGCCGGAGGUGGCGGUGGGGGAUGAGUAUGAUUAUAGCGACAGCCCUUUCGUAACUAACCUCCCCACACAGUCCUUCGACGAAGCUCCCGCCCUCACAGAGCGCGAGGCCCUCGAGACAGAACUCAUCCGCCGCCUCAUCUCCUCGUACUUCAACAUCGUGCGCGAGACCAUCGCCGAUCAGGUCCCCAAGGCGGUCAUGCACCUGCUGGUCAACCACUCCAAGGACGUGGUCCAGAACCGGCUCGUUAGCGAGCUGUACAGGGAGGAUCUGUUCCAGGAGCUGCUAUACGAGGACGACGCGAUCAAGGCGGAGCGUGAGAAGUGCGAGAAGCUGCUCAAGACGUACAAGGAGGCGGCGAAGAUUAUUGGGGAGGUGUUGUAG